UUUAACGAAAAUUAUUGCUUCCAUGUUUUGUCUUUAAACUAUCUAUACGGUCCAAAAUAAAUACAAAAGAGUGUAGGCUUGUACAAGACACAAGCUGAACGUGCUUUAUCGAAAGUAAAACAUAAUCUUAAACUCUAUUUUUGAAUGCGAGCUGCAUGUAAAACUGUUUUUUUUUGCUCAACUUUAAUGGCGAUUACCAUGUGUAUUUAUUGUGAGAGCAGUGUUAAAAUUGAUUACACCUUAUUUUGAAAUUCAUUCCCGUUUCCCUAACUUUAAUAUUAAUACACUCGAGGAUUGCAAACGUAACGAAGCUUGUGGGGAUGUUAAAUACAGAAGAAGAAGAAAAAGGCAUACGGUAAACAUUCAUCUCCGAUGUCCUUCUUCCCUCGUGUUGGUCCCGCAGGACACAGCAUGCUGUCCUGGCUGAAGACCCUGCUGCUGCUCUCGGUCCUGUGCACGCCGACCUCCGGCCUGUGCCUGCGCCUCUUCCGCACGCGCUACGACCUCGUGUGCGACGACCGGACGACGGUCGGGGUCCGGAGCCACUUGGACGAUUGGGGGUCCCUCCUGCAGUCCGCGGAGUAUCUGUCCUCUUCUUCCUCCUCGUCGUCCUCCUCCACUUCUUCUUCUUCUUCUUCUUCUUCUGCCGAAUCCAGCCGGGAGAAAAGGACUUCAAGUCCCGCGAACUACCGCUUCACGAGCCGAACGAAGCUCAGGGGGCAAAUGCUGCGCAACAGCAGCAAAGCGGACCGGAGGAGCAGACUGACCCUGUCCCUCGACGUCCCGACCAACAUCAUGAACGUCCUCUUUGAUGUCGCCAAGGCCAAAAACAUGCGCGCCAAAGCUGCCCAAAACGCGCGCCUGCUGGCACACAUCGGACGCAGAAAGUGAACGUGACGGACCUCUGAGAUGUGACAGCAUUUCCGAUUUAUUUGAGUUGCGCUCGUGUUAAAGGUGCUUUGAAAGUCUUCUCAUUAUUCAUUUAGUUCUAAAACGCCAGCGAAACAUCUAUCCUGGACAAUAAAUAAUGUCAGCUAAAACUGUGACUAAAAGUAUGACGAUGUCUACACUUUUGUUUUUGGACAACUGAACAUUCAAAUAGAACAUUUUACAAUAGCUAAAAUAUAUAUGAAAAUUGUAGCAUUAACGUUCUUUACUCUCAUUUGACUUUUAAAGUUGUGGUCUGAUGGUUAAAAACAUCAUUCAUUUGGGAAUAAUACAUUCAUAUCUAGAAAUAUUGAAGAAACAAAUUGACUAUCGUUAUUAAAAGAUGAAUUCAAUUCCGAAAAGUCGAAACAUUUUCUUUCCAAUGUUGGACUAAACAAAGCUGCUUCAUUUAUUGGUCUAUUAGGAGGUUUGCUUCUUCAGAGGUUCAUGUGGGAGCCUUUAAUAAAUCCAAAUCCUACUGUGGAAAUUAAAGUGACAAAAACACAAGACUGAACAAUGACUCCGAUUAUGUAAAAUUAUGUUUACAGUAAAAAUGUAAAUGCAUGAGAUUAUAUGUUUUCAUCAGAUAUCUGUUAUUUUUAUACUCAAAAUAAAGGAUUAUUUUUCCGCAAGUAGAGAAGAUGACUAACUACAUUUGUCUUUUU